UAAUGAUACAGGCUAUUAUUCUGUAAUCUCGGCAAUAUAUUACUGGCUAGAUAUUACAGGAAAGAUAUUACAGGUUAUUUUCCUGUAAUCCGAGCGUGUAGUGCGAAAAUAUUGCAGAAUAUUACAAUACUUCAGCCUGUAAUACUUUUAUGUAGUCCAGUAAUAUAAUUUUUUGUAAUCCGCUGUAGUUUCUUUCUUUAAGAUGGGUAAGGCCGCUUCCUAAUAGAAAUCUUGUUGACAAAUAUCUAAAACAAGAUUUUAUUGCGGUUCUUUCUCUCUCCUUUCCCAAACGGAUUCUUGACACAGAGUUCCGGUUCUCCCCUGCCUCGAUCUAUAUACCCUACCACUAACAACUAAUAUAGUCAUAUCGUGUUAAUCAGCACUAUAUAUAAGGCAUUCGAUGACUAUUAUUGACCAUUAUUGACUGACAUAGCGAGUUGGACAGUCCGCCGAGAAAAGAUUAUACAUUUUUUAUCUAUACAUAAUCUGAUUUAUACAUAAAAUGUGGUGGACAUUAAAAUAUAUUUUAAAUUGGGUGCAAUCGCUCGUCAUAAGAUUUAUUAAAACUGGCGACAUACCAAAACACAUCGCAUUAAUUAUGGACGGCAAUAGGCGCUAUGCAAAGAAAAGAAACAUAGCCAGAAAAGAGGCACACUUAAUGGGAUUUAAAAAAAUGAUGGAAACAUUGAAAUGGGGUUUAGCACUUGGUAUUGCAGAGAUCACAGUUUAUGCUUUUAGCAUAAAUAACUUCAAUCGUAGUGAAGAAGAAGUCAAUGAUCUCAUUGAUCUUAGCAAGCAGAAGUUCAAAGGUUUUUUAGAAGAAUUAGACAAACUGAAGGACGCUGGAGUUUGCAUUCGUGUGUUUGGUAACUGGUCCUUGCUUUCAGAAGAUGUAUGCAAACUAAUUGCUCGAUGUAUGAUCGCCACGAAGGAUAAUAAUAAAAUAAUUUUAAAUAUGGCUUGCCCUUAUACAUCAAAGGAUGAACUUACUCAUGCAAUUAAAGACAUAGCAAAAGGUAUAAAACAUAAUAAUAUCUUACUAGAAGAUAUUAACGAAGAUUUGAUUUCUGAGUGUUUGUAUACUUACAAAUCUUCAAAUCCAGAUUUAUUAAUUCGUACUUCCGGAGUAUCUCGACUUAGUGACUUUCUCAUGUGGCAAGUUUCUAACACUUGCAUCUAUUUUACCGAUGUUUUAUGGCCUGAGCUAACUUUAUGGAGAUUUCUCGCUGCAAUCUCUUAUUAUCAAAGAUCUGACUCGCGAAAAGUUAGGAACAAUUUAAAACCUAUUGUGCAUAAUAGUAAUAGAGUAUCUAUGUUUGUUGAUAAAAUACACCACGAACGCGAAACUAUAAUAGAAAAUAUCAGCAAUAAUUACGAGUAAUUAAGUUUUAAAAAUGUAUGAGUGUGUAAUAACUAUAAUAAGUGUAUAAUAAAAAUAAUGUAAAUAUUUUAAUGAGUGUCAGUAAAAAAUGCUGAAAAUUGUAUUGUGUGUAUUUUGCUUCAAAUCAACUCUUUAUUAUACACUUUUGGAUAUAGUACAAUUUACUUCCCAGAUAUCACAAAAUAUUUGUAAAAUAUUUAUAAAAUAUUUAUAAGAAGAAAAAA